AUGAAUAAAUUUUUCUCAAUUAUUUGUCUUGUUCUUUUUAUUUCGACUUCAUUAGCUAAAAGUUCAGUAACAGAUAAAACGAUCGAUGCUGCAACUGACUUAAAAGACAAAGUUGUUGAAACUGUAAAAGAGGCAUGUGAUACAGCUGCACCUAAAGUAGCCGAAAGUGCUGAAUUUAUCAAAGACAAAGUUGUUGAAGGAGCUGAAUUCAUAAAAGACAAAACUGGUGAAGCAUAUGAUACUCUUGUGCCCAAAGUAGCCGAAGGUGCUGAAUUUAUCAAAGACAAAGUUGUUGAUGGAGCUGGAUU